CCUUUGAGAGUAAUUUUAAUAAACUCGGAAAUGUACGAUGCUUUGCCAAAAUUGCAUGGCGGAAUAAUAAAUGAACAAAGCUGUCUGCAGAAAUCAGACGGUUCCGAAUGUUUGGGCCUCUUUUAGCUUCUUUUAGAUGAAUUUAUCGCUGUUGAAGUAGCUUGCAGAGGCUUAACGCGAACAAAUAACUCUAACAAUCAAUUUUACUGGCUGAGUUUAAUUUGUAUACUCUGGAAUGAAAUGAUAAAGAUGAGGGGAUGACAAGGGGUGGGAGACAAAAAAGCAUCUUUUUUUCUCCAGAAGCCUACCGACGUUUUAUGUAUUGUUUGCGCUCGCUUCGCGAUCGCUUUUGGGCUCGGCGCUCGAUCGCGCGCUCGAAGAGAAAUAAUUUGCUAAAAACAACAGCAGAUGUCUGUGGAAAGAAUGGGAAUGACUUAAGGCUUUAAAAGAUAUGGAACCGCAGACAAAAGCCUGGGAACAGAUGGCUUGUUAUUACUGAAUAGCUACAAAAGCGAUUGCAUAUCAUUAAAAUUGGCAUCAGUCCUGACCAAGUUUCUAAAGUUAGUCUUUUUAUUUGUGUAUAUACAGUUAUCUCCAUACAGUUACAAAUUGAAAGACCAGGAAAAUGCUCUGGACCGUUAACCUAUGUAUUUUUCUCUUCGCCGGCUUCUUUAUGGACUGCGUGUCUGCUGGUGAGCAAUGCAGAGUGGAACGGAGCAUAAAUGGAAUGGCUCUACAAGGAUUCGUCUUUAAAAAAUUCCUCGUAAGAGCGUUUCACGAGUGUGAUUUCAGCUGUGAAAAAGAAAUCACCUGUCAAAGCUACAACUACGUCAAAUGGGAAAAGUCGUGCGAAUUGAAUAACCGCACCAAGGAGGCAAGACCGGAAAACUUUCGCUCAGACCCGGCACGUUCUUACAUAAGACGCUUGAUGGAAAGGGCCCCUCUAGGUUCCAUUCCGGAGCUCCCAGCGCAUUCGUGUCAGGAAAUAAAGGCAAGCGAAGGCAAGGACACCAUUAGCAGCAAGUACUGGCUGGAUCCAAAUGCGAAUGGAACGGCAGUCUUGGUUAAUUGUGACAUGGACUUAGAAGAUGUUGAUGAAUGUCUCAACGGUAUUCAUGACUGUGACGCAAAUGCAAACUGCAUCAACACUGUCGGCGGACAUAACUGUUCUUGUAAGGAAGGAUUUGCUGGAGAUGGUCGCUCAUGUUCAGCUUACAAGAACAACUGCGCUGAAAUCUACAAAUCUGGUGAAAGAAAAGACGGUGUGUACACCAUUAAACCUGACAAUCUGUCUGCCUUUGAUGUGUUUUGUGACCAAACAACAGCCGGUGGAGGGUGGACAGUGUUUCAGAAGAGGCUGAACGGCUCGGUUGAUUUUUUCCUUAAUUGGAGCGAUUACAAAGUUGGUUUUGGUGACCUGAAUGGUGAAUUUUGGCUCGGACUGGACAAAAUUCACCGCCUUACCUCAGAUAAUGACAGCAUGCUGCGUGUGGAUUUGGAAGACUUUGAAAGGAAUACUUCUUAUGCCGAGUACAACAGGUUCGGUGUUAUGAGUGAGAAUGACAAGUACAAGCUGAGCUUCGGCAAUUACUCAGGUAGGAAGGUUUUCUUUAUCAUCUUGCACUGCACAGGCUGCCCAAACCUCGCGGCGUAAAAGUGCUGUACUUCAGACUGUUAGAACUGAACAGCAAGAAAACUAUAUUAUGAGGCUUUUGUACUUGGUUUGAUUAUGUCAACAUUAGUCCAAUCCCUGAACUCUCCCUUGCCCGCUCCAUAAAGGGGUUGAACCGAGGCGGGAAAACGUAGGGUCCAGGAAUCAGUCCAGGAUAAAUUGCAUGCGCAUGCUCAGAAUACCGCUAUUUCCACCAAAAAUCGGGGCAAAACCAAAUAUAUAAAAUUCU